UUCACUCUUUCUCUCUCUGUCUCACACACACAUGCAGCCUCUUCGCCGUAAGAACCAUCUUUUCAACUCAGAAACUGUUGUAAUGAAAGGCAGAAAGAACAACAGCAUCUCCAUUUUUGUGGUGGUCUUCUCCAUGUUCCUCUUUGGGGUCUUCAUGUACAACGAGGACGUUAAGUCAAUAGCUGAGUUCCCAUUCUCAAGGCCCAAAGCUCAAGAAAUCCAAGAAGGGAAAUUGGAAACAGACGAUUCUGUUCAAAGGGAUAACAAGAAUGAAACUGUCACGGUAACGGUUACCAAGAAUUCAAGUGCUCAACUUGAGAAAAACCAGGAUGAGGAUUCUGAAGGAACCCAAGAACCGAUUGAUUUGAAGUCCAUUGUAGCAAAGGAGAAAGAGGAAGAAGAAGAACAACAACAACAACAACAACAAGAAGAAGAAGUAGAAGAGGUUGUCUUGCCUCCAGAAGAGUGUGACUUGUUUACAGGGCAGUGGGUUCUUGAUAACGUGACCCGUCCUUUAUACAAAGAAGACCAAUGCAAGUUCCUCACUGCCCAAGUGACAUGCAUGAGGAAUGGAAGACGUGAUUCUCUCUAUCAGAAUUGGAGAUGGCAACCCAGAGAUUGUUCUUUGCCCAAGUUCAAACCGAGACUUUUGCUUGAGAAGCUUAGAGGGAAGAGGCUUAUGUUUGUUGGAGACUCUUUGAAUAGGAACCAGUGGGAAUCAAUGGUUUGUCUGGCCCAAUCUGUUAUUCCUCAUGGCAGAAAGAGCUUGAACAAGAUUGGUUCUCUUUCUAUCUUCAGAAUUGAGGAUUAUAAUGCUACAAUAGAGUUCUAUUGGGCACCAUUCCUUGUAGAGUCAAAUUCAGAUGAUCCAACGAUGCACAGCAUAUUGAACCGAAUUAUCAUGCCUGAAUCAAUCGAAAAGCAUGGAGUGCACUGGAAGAACGUGGACUAUCUAAUCUUCAACACCUACAUAUGGUGGAUGAAUACUUCAAACAUGAAAGUUUUACGAGGUUCGUUUGAUGAAGGAUCUACGGAUUAUGAUGAAGUUCCUCGGCCUAUAGCAUAUGGGAUGGUCCUCAAGACUUGGUCACAAUGGGUGGAUGACAACAUUGAUCCAAAUCGCACCAAAGUUUUCUUCAUGAGCAUGUCCCCUCUUCAUAUCAAGAGUGAAGAUUGGGACAAUCACAAUGGUAUAAAAUGUGCAAAGGAAACCAUCCCAGUUCUCAACAACAUGUCCACCCCAUUACAAGUUGGCACAGAUCGUAGGCUUUUUGUUGUUGUCAACAAUGUGACACAGUCAAUGAAGGUUCCAGUGAACUUUCUUAACAUCACCACCUUGUCAGAGUUUAGAAAAGAUGCACAUACCUCUGUUUAUACUAUUCGUCAAGGGAAGAUGUUAAGUCCAGAGCAACAAGCUGACCCGGCUACUUAUGCAGAUUGUAUUCAUUGGUGUCUACCUGGGUUACCUGAUACAUGGAAUGAGUUUCUUUAUACUAUGAUCAUUUCUCGAUCUUGACCUACAAUGUAUAGAUAUCUUCACAUAUUCCCCCUCCUUUUUUUCUUCCUCAUUUUCCUCUUCACAUAAUUGUUAUUAUUUCUCUUUUUACUUCAAAACAUUUGUUUUUUUCCCCUUC